AUGGAUAAAUUUAUAGUGCGACGGAAAAGAAAUAACGAAGUGAGCGUGGAAGAUGCGGUUAGACAAGUCGAGGUGGAACAACUGACAGAAAUUCAGUAUACUAAAGCUGACGAGCGCGUUGAUGUAGUAGAUUGCAAUCAAAAUCAAUACCAAGAAAAUACUUCAAAAAGUCUAACCACACCCCCGCGUUUCAAACGCUAUAAAGAACAAUAUCCAUGGCUUAUAAUCAAAAAUGAUAAAGGAUUUUGCACUGAUUGUACUGAUGCAUGCGAACGGAAAUUAGUCAUCAAUUUGAUCACGCGUGAAGUCCAAUCUAAGAAAGCCUGGGUUGACGACGGUUUUUCAAACUGGAAGCAUGGAGCAGAUCGACUAAAAAUUCAUUCAACAACUUGCCUACACCUCAGUUGCAUCGAAGCAGUAUUGAACGUUGCAAAAACUAACGUGGUUCAGCAAAUAUCGACAGCCCAUUUCAAGCAGAUGAUGGAUAAUCGUACAGCGUUAUUAAAAAUAUUCAGCACAUUGAAAGCACUGGCUAUACAAGGUUUGCCUAUAAGAGGAGACAACAAUGAUGAAAGAUCGAACUUCAUGACGUUCCUACAGGCCCGUGCAGAAGAUGUCGUGGAACUGAAAGCUUGGCUCCAAAGAGAUGGUCAUAAAUGGCUACACCACAGAAGUCAAAAUGAAAUCCUCGAACUAAUAGCCACCACAGUUUCAAUGGAAAUUAUAGAAGACAUAAGAAACGCCGAAUACUGCUCCAUUUUAUUGGAUGAAACCUCGGAUGUAUCCCGAAUCGAGCAAGUAUCUGUUUGUCUGAGAAUUGUUUCCGAAGAUUUGACAGCAAAAGAACACUUUAUUUCAUUUUUUUCGACUUCGGACACAAAGGCCAAAACAUUGUUCGAUCUUGUCGAAGAAAUCUUCCAAAAAUUCAACUUGCCAUUGUCAAAAGUCAGGGGUCAGUGUUACGAUGGAGCUUCCAAUGUUUCUGGCAAUAUUUCGGGAUUGCAGACGCGAAUUCUUGAAAAAGAGUCUCGAGCAUUAUGGGUUGUACGAAUAAAAUCUUUAAAAACUGUGAGGGACAAUUAUGCUCAACUGAUGCAAUUUUUCCAUGAUCGCAGUGCAAUGUCAGCCAAGGCAUCUGGAUUCUACGAUUACAUGGAGUCUUUUGAUUGUACGUUUUAUUUGAACAUGUUAAUAGAAAUGUUUGAUCGCAUCGAAAUAUUGAACAAAGACCUGCAAAAGAUGAAUCUUUCCGUCAUCGAAUCAUACGAAAAAGUCGGAGCAGUGACUGACGUUUUAAACGCUUCUCGUGACUCCAAAUUUGAAGAAAUUUGGCAAAAAAGCGUCCAAGCAGCUGAGGAUCUCGAAAUUGACGAACCACGAAUUCCGCGUCAACGAAAAAUUCCGAAACGCCUCGAUACAGGUACAACCACAAACGUUCAAUUCAAGACUGCUAAAGAUUUUUUUAGAAAGUCGUACAUCGAAAUUUAUGAUCAAUUAAUUUCGUCACUGAGAAGGCGAUUUGAAAAUGAUUCCGCGCAAUUUUUCAAAUUGUUGGAAAGGUCUACAAUGUCGCAGGAUCGGCUUAAUAACAUUGCUAUUUUACAUGUGUAUCGCGAGAUUACAGACAAACUUGAUUUAGAGAAGUUAUUAAAUCAGUUUAUUUCACGAAAAGCAAAGCGCACCGCAAUUUUUGCAUUGCGCACCUGA